CAAGAUUAGAUUAGAUUACAGCCACAUUACUACAGUCAUUAUUGAACUUGCAGGCCAUGUAAAACGAUUAUGAUAAUGGCCAUGAGGCCAUCUACUUUGUUGUUUUUGUUAACAGUUGCUAUUGUUGUUGCUUCCAUUUCCUCAAAAAGAAUACUUAGGAAAGGGAAGGUAAACCCUGGAAAAAACAAAGAGAGUGCCAAAAACAAAGAUAAUCUCAAAAACAAAGCAGAUAAGAAGAAAGUAGUUGAAGAGGAAUCAGAAGAGUCUUCAGAAUAUGUUUAUUCUGAUGAAGAAAAGAAAAAAGAGUCACAUAUUGAGGAAGAUGAGGAAGAAGAAGAAGACACAACACCUGAGGAAGAGGAAAGUGAAGAAGACACAGAUAAAUUAAGCGGAGAAGAAAAAUAUGGAGAGGAAAGGUUGGGUGUCUUGCAAGACGAAUCUGAGGAAGAAGAUGAAAGUUUGUCAGCAAGUGAAGAAUUUAAAGGAAAAAGCAGAGAAGAUCUCGAGGAAAAGGGAAUUUUUUACAGCCUUAAGAGUAUUAAAGCUUUCUUGACACAGCCAAUGUAUCAAGAGGACGCAGAAAUAAUUGAAGUUCUCAAGAGAUUCAACCAUUCUGAGGUCCAAGCCCAUGAAAAACAUGAAGCUUAUAAGAACAAACCUCUAGAAGCAUUUUACGUAGUGGACGGAGUAAACCCAGAUACAAGAAGAAAAGUGGCCCAAACUCUGGCUCACAGGUUGAAGGGUUUAUAUUUAGUAAAUCAACCAAGGAUUUUACUUGGUCCUAUUCCUAAGGAAUCUGGGGCUAAGAAGGCUUACUUCGCACUCAGCAAAUAUGCCAUUGCAAAUAAAAUCUUGAUAUCACUCUACCAUAAACCUGUGAUCGUAGAGAACUACUGGAUAGAACAUGCAAGCUACAUCAUGGCCAAACUAUGGGACAAAGCAGUGAAGUUACCCAGUCCCAACACAGAUGUAUAUGAGUUCCCAGAUGAUUUACUGAGGCCAAACGUAACAUUCGCAAUAUUCAACUCUCCUCCGCCAAGAAUUGGCAGAAGUCCAACAAAAACUUAUUUGAGGGAACAGAGGCAGCUGCUGGUGUAUAAGAGAGUAACAGGGGCCAAGGUUUAUGUAGUCAGAUUUCCAGAGUCAGCAAAACAUCUGUCAGACAAAGUGGACAUGUUCCUACUGAACCAGGGGCCCAGAAAAACACCAGUUUCAUUUGAGAUCACACUUGCUGAAUAA